AUGCGAUGGCUGAAUCCUUCGGACGUAACGGCGUUCAAGACCGAGGCAGGUGACCCCGAAGCAGCGACCCUGAAGCGGGCCCAAAUGCAGUGCGUGGAUGAAACGGUGGAUUACACUUCAUAUCAUCUUUGUGCCCAUGACCCGGUUCGCCAAGUUGUCCUAUGCGUCGGCAAUAACGUGCCUGCACUGCUUGUUGCGCGUGGUAGGCGGCAGAUGCUGCUGCAGGUCCCAAACUGCGUCCGUUGGAUUGACUGUAGCAUCUUUUCUGGAACUUCAAGUGUGCUGCUGCUCUCCCCGGAGCGGCUGGUGCUUCUCGACUACGCAUUUCAUGGGAUCUCUUCUGCGUUGUCCCCAUGCGGGAAAAGGGGGGUGCUGUUUACCAGUCUUCACGUACCGCAGGGUGUGACGUGGGGCGCAGUAGGCUGUGAGGAUGGUACGGUUAUGUACUGGAGGCUACAGGAAAGUGGUUCAACUCAGCAGUUGGUGUGGGCGGCACUAACAACGAGCACAAUGAAUCUUUGCCGCCCCUUUUUCUCAGCAGCUUCAAGUGAGUGGGCACCACGAGGCUACGUGCUUUCUAUGAAUAGCUGCCCGAGUAAUCCGAAUACAUUUAUUGCGGUUGUCGCCGGUGCGGCUGGAGUGUGCAAGUGGUAUUUGGACGAAAAUCGUCUCAGUCGUUUCUUUUCCCUGCCAGAACCCCAAACGGGGUGUGGUAUUACGGCAUGCAGGUAUACCCCUGGAGCUUCCUUCGUUGUUGCCGCGGCGUUUGACGCUUCCGCCCUUUACAUAUGGGCGGAAAACGGCAAGAAAGACAAGGAAAGGUCAGUGGCACUCAUGUGGAGUGUACAAACCGGAUGCCGUCCUUGCUCCCCGGUCGGGGGACCAGACGACGAAGUGGUGUCGUCUACCGGCAUGUACAUCGCGCACUCCAGCGACCCACCACAUGGUGCGCGGUCCGAGAAGAAGUCGCCCCUGCAUUUUUUGCUGCACUCCACUUGUGAUAUUGUGGAACUUGUGAUUAACUUGGAAGAGAAGCGAUUAAUUCAGCGGGAGGACAUUUUGUCACACAUAAAGGCGAAAAUCCUGCCGCUGCAGUGUGAAGGCGAUGAAUCAUCAUCACUUGACCUCUGCCGUGUCAUUCCAUGCGUUGGGCCGGGUUACUGGUUGAGCGAAUGGAAGGACUCGGACUUGGACACACUUCUUGUGCUAUCUGAAGACCUGGGCCCUCUUUUGGUACGGCGCUCACGAUAUCAACGAAAUGUGGAGUCCGCUGUCCCGUUAAGAAACGUCAUGCCCGAACCCUUUCCGUGGGAUGAAAUGUUGCUGGUGUCCCCCCCCGCGGAGGUUACCAGAGCCAUUUGGCAUGGCGCUUCUUUACAACCAGACCCGGAAGAUCCAUGGGCUACUGUCCUAGCCUGCUUGGAGUGCGAAGGCGAUGUGGAAGGAAAGGGACUACAGAAAGAAAUACUUCUGGGUAUGGUUCCGUAUUCGGCUACUGGGGCUGUAUGCUUCCUUCCCCUAACCAAUGAGUGUCUCCCAGUACCGGCUACUGUAAUCGAACAGAAUACCGCUGCUAACGCCCGCGCGUCAUUGCCUACGGGCUCGGCGGUCGUCAUACUCGAGGAAGCCCUUCCAAAGCAUCCUUGCAGGACUGAGUUUAUACUACGCGUUUUGGCUGACGAAAUGGGGGUAUCAGUAAAUGCCGUGCGAUUCUCACCACCACAUGUGGAACAUAUUAUGACCCUCUCAAAAGAGCAACUCAUAUUUGGCGGAGCUAGUGUCGGGGACGAUGGACAAGAUGGAGAAGCUGAGAUUAUCGCGCGGACCGCAAAGUUGGCAGACUGCCGAAUUGAACAGCGGGAACUUACACCGCAAGCCUUCCAGUUGGUGCGUGGUGGGAUGAGCAUCCUUCUGCAACUGCGUAAUGGGAACUUGGUCAUCGUUGACCUAAGCGGCGGGGUCACUGGGGAAGGGAAUGCGCCCGCCAUGGUUCAUUAUCCGGGAGGCCUAUUUCCAGCGGGCGCAUCUGUAACAUCUUUUGACACAGUUUGGAUGGGUCGAAGUUGUUCAGCCGGCAGUACUGGCCCUGUUUGUGAGGGUAAGAACAGCUUUUUGGCCUUGUUUUGUACUCUCUCAAACGAUCGAGGGCUAAUAAUCUGGAACAUGUCCGACAUGCAGAUGCUCGGCUAUCACCGGGAGGAUGAUGGUAGGUGGAGCUACGACAAAGUCAUGUUGUGCAGUUCAACUCCACGGUUUUCGGUAUCGGCAGGGGCCGCCAGCCUUGUGGUUAGAGCUCCCCAUGCCGAUGUUUCAGAUGGUAAAAGCGACCCCAGUGCCGAGAAAAAUUCUGAUUUUCGAGGCACCGUCAGUUUCCGCGAUGUAUUCGGCCGCGUCAUUUUUGCUGUUGAGCUACGGUGGUGUGCAGAACCCCCCGGAGGUUUAUGGUACGGGAGAGUUGGUGGGACCGAUACGGAGUGGACAUUGCUCCCCUCGUCUAAUUCAAAAGACCUUCGCCUGAGUGUUGUUGUCUCUGGUGGGGAAGUGGUUGUGAGUGCAGACGGCGAGUACACCUUGAGAGGAGUUGUCACACCAGGUAGUCGAAUUGUCGCGGUGGAAGUGAAUCCCGGAUGGCCCUAUGAUGCCUUGCAGUGUGAUCUUCAUGCAGAAGACGAGCAGGAAAAACAGGAAGAGGAAAGAAGCCGCCUGAGAAACGUACUGGGUGAAGACUCCCCGCCUGACACAACGGUUGUUCUUUGGAAUGGACGCAAGGUUCACUUAUAUCUUGCUGAGCGGCUUUUGUCGGGAGAAGCUCCAUCGAACCGCAUGCAACCCCCUGUGGUGGGGCGGGGACGCUCCGUUGAGCAUGUGGGGGUUUGCAUGUCUCUCCGCGUGGUGGUCGUGAUGAGUCGGGACGCAAAUGGAUGGCGAUGGUUCAACGUAUUAGACCUCGAGAGUGGUCAGCGACUGGCGGAGCAUACGAUGCUCUGUCUUUGUGAUGAAAACGACCUCCGCCUCCACACACACUACAUAGAAGGAAGUGGGCUUCACAUCUACGUGGUAGGAGUGUCGGGAGCACUUGGACAUCUUAUCGUUUCAGCUGAAAGCAAUGUUAGUGACCAGCUUCGUUUGACUGCGGAACCUUUGGAAGGCAUCCGCCACGUACCCGCACCACCAACCUUCCGGUCUUACUUGCAGUUUUUGCCACCCCCGCCGGCAGUAAAGCAAGAGCAGGGGCUGCUGAAACGGUUGACCACACAGUCCUGGGAGGAGGCAGCUACGAAGAUUGAAACAAAUGUCUUGGUGAAAAAGAUGGAGGGGGCUGCACCACAGCACCCUCGGCCCGAUUCCAUUGUUGAGAGAGGGAGAGACGGAGCGGUCCUGUCCCAAAGGAGAUCUGAAAGGGAGGGAAGCGAGGAAAGGAGAGGAAGCCGGUACAGCGAGCUCAAGGCUGUCGCCGCGCGGGAGAACGUCAGUGUGACCGAGGCGCUGCAGAUGAUGAGGGAGAACGAAGUCAAGGUGCAUGAGCGAGGUGAAAAAAUUUCCCAAAUUGAAAGUAAAUCGCGUGAGUUGGCGCAGGAAGCGACCACGUUUGAGGCAUUGGCCCGGAAGUUAAAUCAGAAGCAAAAAAAUAGCUGGUUCUAA